AGCCAGAGCCGGGCGCAGGCGCCGCUCCGGCAUCCGCUGCUCGGCCGGGCCUGGCGGCUGUCCCUGGCUCUGUGCCCCAUGGAUGGCGUUUUCCUGUCGCCCAGCGAGGAUGAGUUCGUGGGCAGGAUCGUGGAGGAGCUGGAGCACUUCAUGGAGCAGGGCCAGCACCACCGGGUGCUGCUGUUCCCACCCCUGUCCAGCCGCCUCAGGUACCUGAUCCACAGGACCGUGGAGAACAUGGAAUUGCUGAGCAGCUUCUCGGUGGGAGAGGGCUGGAGGAGGAGGACAGUCAUUUGUCACUCUGCUGUCAGGCUUCCCAGCGAGCCCUGCAGUGACCCCAAGCCGGGUCCCCCCGCAGGCCGAGCGCAGCGCCCGGCGCAGCCCUGGGGCCGGGGGGCGCGGGGGGCGCGGGGGCCGCGCCACGCCGGGGACACGCACGGGGACGGCGCCCGCGCCACCGUGGGCUCGGGCAGGAUCUCCCGGCCGCCCCGGAGGAAACCAGAGCGAGAGCCGUUCGUGCCCCGAGGGGGCCGGAGAAAGGCGAAUUGGAGGGAGCGGGAGAGCCCCGGGGAUGAGGCGGCGGCAGGAGGGGAAAACGGAGCCAGGAAUGCCAGCCGGGAGCAGCAGGAGCUGGGCAGGGCUGGGGGCAGCCCUGGGAAGGAAGAGAGUGUCCCUGGAAGAGGCGGCGCUGAGCAUCCCCUGCGGGGUGAGAAGGUGCCGUCCUUGGGGAAUGGCGGCCAUUGCUGCGAGCGGGAAGGCCGGGGUGAGGACUGUUCCCAUUCCCCGAGUUCUGCACACCACAAACACCCUCCUGAGGCAGAGGAGGAACCAAGCCAUGGCAGCACCGCCAUUGCAGAACACAGCAAACACCCUGCCGAGGCAGAGGAGGAACCAAGCCAUGGCAGCACCAUCACUGCAGAACACAGCAAACACCCUGCCGAGGCAGAGGGAGAACCAAGCCAUGGCAGCACCGCCAUUUGUGAGCACAACAAACCCUCACCUGAGGCAGGAGAGGAAGAGUUGGGCCAUGGCAGCACCGCCAUUGCAGAGCACAACACUCACUCACCUGAGGCAGGGGAGGAGGAACCAAGCCAUGGCAGCACCGCCAUUGCAGAAGGCAGAGAAUUCCAGGCCCAGCUGGAGAAGGAGAAGCAAUCCAGCCUGGAUUCCAGAGGGUCGGAGUGUGGGAGGAGCUGUGUCCCUUUGGAGAACCACGGUGACAGCAGGACAGCCCCAGGUGUGACAGAUCCAGGUGUGACAGAUCCAGGUGUGACAGCCCCAGGUGUGACAGAUCCAGGUGUGACAGAUCCAGGUGUGACAGCCCCAGGUGUGACAGCCCCAGGUGUGACAGACACUGUGGCAGAUCAGCAGUCCCGGCAUUCCCAGGGAAUCCAGGCUGUUCCCAGCCCCAGCGCUGGGCAGGUGGAGCAGGAGCCCCUGCAGAAGGUUCUGGAAGGCCCAGCCGAGGCUCUGGCUGCCCCUGAGCUGCUCCAUGAGGGAGAUCCAGGGCGGAUCCUGGGGAAGGAGGAAGAAGAGGACAAGGAAGGCUGCGGUGUGGCCGAGGCAAUGAGGAGGGGCCUGGAUUUGGCUGCAGGGGACAGAGAGGGGACGAGGCAGAGCAGCCCUGAGGAUGACUGCACGGCAGAGCUCCUGGCUGAGAUCGUUGGGAACCUGUCAGUGAAGGACAUCAGCAUCGAGAGGAUCUCUGUGGAUUACCCCGGCUAUGGCGAGGCGCAGGUCAGCGAGGGGGACCUGGCCCACGUCACCGAGAUCUACGACUUCCCCUCCACCCUGAAAACCGAGGAUCUGCUGGGAAUGUUCUCGGAUUUCCAUGAAAGUGGCUUCAAAAUCCAGUGGGUGGAUGACACGCACGCCCUGGGAAUCUUCUCCAGCCCCUCCACAGCCUCGCAGGCCCUGGGCCGCCGCUACCCCUGCCUGAAGAUCCGGCCCCUGCUCCACGCCAGCAAACAGGCCAAGGUCAAGGCGCUGCAGAGACCGAAGCUGCUCCAGCUGGGGAAGGAGCGGCCGCAGACGGACACGGCCGUGGCCCGGAGGCUCCUGAGCCGCGCCCUGGGCUGGCGGCAGCGGCAGCAGGAGCCGGCAGGGAUGGAGGAUUCCCAUCGGGAACCCCCGGAUCCGCAGGAAUAACCCCAAAAUCCCAACCCCAAAAACCCUGGAAAGAUGAGCACGGCCAUGUUAGGAAUAACCCCAAAAACCCUGGAAAGAUCAGCAUGGCCAUGUUAGGAAUAACCCCAAAAACCCAACCCCAAAAACCCUGUAAAGAUGAGCAUGGCCAUGUUAGGAAUAACCCCAAAAAUCUGUAAAAUGAGCAUGGCCAUGUUAGGAAUAACCCCAAAAACCCUGUAAAAAUGAGCAUGGCCAUGUUAGGAAUAACCCCAAAAAUCCUGUAAAGAUGAGCAUGGCCAUGUUAGGAAUAACCCCAAAAACCCUGUAAAAAUGAGCAUGGCCAUGUUAGGAAUAACCCCAAAAAUCCAACCCCAAAAACCCUGUAAAAAUGGGCAUGGCCAUGUUAGGAAUAACCCCAAAAACCCUGUAAAAAUGAGCAUGGCCAUGUUAGGAAUAACCCCAAAAAUCCUGUAAAGAUGAGCAUGGCCAUGUUAGGAAUAACCCCAAAAACCCUGUAAAAAUGAGCAUGGCCAUGUUAGGAAUAACCCCAAAAACCCUGUACAGAUGAGCAUGGCCAUGUUAGGAAUAACCCCAAAAAUCCUGUAAAAAUGAGCAUGGCCAUGUUAGGAAUAACCCCAAAAAUCCUGUAAAAUCAGCAUGGCCGUGCCAUUCAAUGCAUGCAGAGCAGGGGGUGUUUCCUUGCUGGGGUUUUUGUGGAGCCCCUGGGAAGUGCUGGAAUUUAAAAAGCAGGGAUGAGUUGGGUUCUUUAUUCCUCAUUCCUGCUCUGUUUUCCAACCAUAAAUAAGAAAAUUGGGAUUUUUUUUGGGGCCAAAGUUCAGCUCCGAGCAAGGGCAGGAGUUGGAGAAUCUGUUCUGAGUUUGUUGUGAUGUUGCUGUUGGGAUAUCCCAGAACUGACAGGCAGUGAAUCCAAUUUUUUAGGGAAUUUAUUUUUUUCCUUAUUUACAGAGUUUCAAGAGGCUGAAAUUCCCCUGUGGGUGAGGAAAGUUGGGAUCUGCUCAUUAGGGAAAAAAAAAAUUCCAGGAUUUGCCUGUGCUGGGUUUAAAAUGAGCUUCCAUUCCCAUCCCAAGCUCUGCUCCUGCUCCAGGCUGGAAUUCUGGGGGAAAACUGGAAUUUUCCCAUUGCCAGGAGGUUAAAACCCUCUGGAGAAAUGACAAAUACUCCAAAUAUUUUUGCAUUUUUAAGCCUCACAACAACAUCCCUGUGAGGUUUUGGGGGAAGUUUGGAAUUCCCUGUGGAAUCAGCUGAAAUUCUGAGGGAACUUUGAUAGAGGGGAAAAAAAAAACCCCAAAACUUCCAUGAAUUGUGAGGAGAAAAUACAGCAAGGGCUUCUGAAGGGAUAUAUAUUAUUUUUUCCAGGGAAAAGGUUUUUAUUGGAGCUCUGUAGCAAAGUGUGUCCUCAAACAAACAGAGGAGAGGCAGAAAUUCCCUCUGGUGAGGUGCACAAGGAUAAUUCAUCCUUGGGAAAAAAAAAAUAUGGAAUAUCCAGUCAGGAGUGCUGGGUCGCUUCAGGGAGCUUUGAUUCCCUGGGAGAUUCCCUGGGAAAUUGAAAUUCCAUGUGAAAUUGAAAUUCCCUGUGAAGUUCCAGAUUAAAUUCUCUGUGAAAUUGAAAUUCCCUGUGAAAUUCCAUAUGAAAUUCCCUGUGAAAUUCCUUAUAAAAUUGAAAUUCCUUGUGAAAUUCCAUAUGGAAUUCCCUGUGAAAUUGAAGUUCCCAGUGAGAUUCCUUAUAAAAUUGAAAUUCCCUGUGCAAUUCCAUAUGAAAUUCCCUGU